CGAUCAUCAAUCACCCUCGCACCCUCGCCUUUCUCUUUUUCCUCAUCACUCGUUUAUCGAUCUAUCUGGCUACAUCUUUUUUGAUGCAAUGUCUGUGUGAUGCGAGCCCCCCUUAAGGAUGGGACGGGUUUAUUAGGUGUUCCUCCGAAACCCAUGGAAGAGAAGACCCUAUUUGCCUGGCUGGCGUCGUUUACCUGUGAUAAGUUUGGGCACCCGGGGGCUGGUUUGAAUUGGCAAAAGCUUUGGGGCGAAAGCGAUCAUUUGGGCACAGCUAUUAUUUGGGAGACGGCUAUGAUUUGGGCGACGGCUAUCAUUUGGGCGAAGGCUAUAAAUUCGGGGUGGAUUCGUCGAAUUCGCGUGUUUGUAUGCUCACGUCGCUUUCACCGUCGCAAGUGUUCGGUCCAUCUCUCCUUGGUCUUCGUUUUUGGUUCUUCGCUGCGGAUAGCUUCUCUUACCAUCUACACAUAGAAUGACUCUUGUAAGUCUCCAGCCCCGGUUUACAAGAGCGAAAGAGUCGUCUUUUGUCCGAACACAGGGGAGAUG